AUGACCAACGUUCCUGAUUACUAUGCCAUUCUCGGUGUUCAACCUUCAGCCACAUUAGACGAAAUCCGUGAAGCUUACAAGAAGCAGGCACUUAUCAGCCACCCUGAUCGUCUUCCUCCUACUGCUACCCCUCAGGAACGUGAAGAAGCCACAAGAAAGUUUCAAUUAAUAGCUGAUGCUUACUUUAUUCUGGGUGAUCGUACCAGACGUGAAUCGUAUGAUAAAUCAAAAAGUAAAAACAAGACAGGCUUCACUCCAUUCUCGUCUGCAAAGCCUAAUGCAUCACCAAAUCAAGCAAAUCAAAUGUUUGGAAGUGUUUUUGAAGAGUUGUUAAAGGUCGAAGUGGAAAGACCUGGGCAUCUUUGGAAGAUUCUUGGUUCAGGUGCUGGUUUAGUGAUUGGGUUCAUUCUUGCUAAUGUCCCAGGUGCUCUAGCUGUAAGUUGA